AUGUCCAUAAAUUCAACAAGCACAAUUAACCUUAAAAAUAGGGCAACAUUAAUUAAAGGGUUAAUAAUAAUUAUAACAGCAUUAAUAGCAGCUUAUAUAUUAAAUGAUAUAAUUAAUGGAGUUGAAUUGAGGAGAAUAGCAAAAAUAAAUUUAAUUAAAAUUAAAUCGAAAAUUGAAGAAGAAACGCCUCAAAAGAUGGGAAAUAAUGGGAAAGGUAAAGGUGAACUUGAAGGGACGGUAGAAAAUAAGGAUGAAGAAAAGGAUAAAAUUGAAGUGAAAAAUGAAGUUAGGAGUGAAGAAAGUAACGAAAAAAUUAAAAAAGAAAAACAAAAUGAAGCAAAAAUUACUAUAACACCUACUAACCCGAAGAUUACAAUAUCAAAUCAGCUAACAAAAACAAUAAAUAAUAAUGAUACCCAACUUAUCCAAAUAGCACAACUUUGGAGAGUAAAACCAGACAAUUUAACGCUCUGUCCAGAAUUCCCUCCAAAUCUAAAAGGCAAAAUAGAUGUAGAUAUGCGUUCUCUAAAAUUGGAAGAAAUUGAGGAAGAAUAUAAAGAUUUGUGGCCUGGUGGGCAUUGGAGACCUAAAGAAUGUAAAUCCAGGCAGAAAGUUGCUAUUGUUGUGCCCUAUAGAAAUAGAGAACCUCAUUUACGAACAUUUCUUCAUAAUAUUCAUCGCUUUUUACAAAAACAACAAUUAGAUUAUGCAAUAUUUGUUGUUGAACAAACUGGGGAUUUUGCCUUUAAUAAAGGAAGAUUAACAAAUAUUGGUGUUUUGGAAGUUACUUUUUUUCUUUAG